AUGAUACAACCGCCAUACCAGUGCGCCUCGAUUGGCAUCUCAACGGCGGGUCGACGACACGCGCUUUGUGUUCAGCACGCUUUCAAGUUCCAGCAAGCGGCGGUUGUUGGUCCUCGAUCGGGCCAUAGCCCAAUACCCGCUUAUUCGAGGUACCGCUCGCCAGCAGGGCUACCGUUGGAGCGUCCUGAUCUCGUCCCUUUCCCGUCGGCGCCAUCCCUGCUCGACUCCCACCUUCCCCAUGCGAUAGUGUGGAUGGCUGAGAACACGCGCCCAAUGGGAGCCGACGCCGACGAGAUUUGGAGCUCUAGCGAGACGACGAUGCACAACGACCCAGGCUCUGGGAAAAUCAAUACCAUCAACACUGAGUCUCGAUUUCGUGCACAAGUCGAAAACCUUCUCGAUGCCCAUGUCUUCGUACAGAUGGCACGAGGGCGCAGCUGCGCAGGCAAACCGGCCGCCGUCAAUAUCUCUGCGACUCGUCAAGUGGGGACCGCAGGAACACUCAGACGUCAGCCUUGGGACAACUUAAUCGGCACAAAAGAGCCCCAUCAUCUGUUCGAGACGGAGUACUGGCUUUCGAAGGGCUUCGAUGGCCGUGACACGAAUGCUCUAUGCGACUCUGUGGAACUCAAGCCCGGGGCUCGGAAUCUGGUGCCCAGGCCCAUGUUCAGUUCUCGUCCUCCCCCAGUGUCGUCACAGGUGCAGGACAGUGAUUGA